AUGCAGUACUCCCACGCCUCAGCCAAUCAGAAGCUAGGCCCAGAGCACCUGUCCUCCCCAGGGUCCAGGGCACCUGUCCUCCCCUGGGCCCAGAGCACCUGUCCUCCCCAGGGCCCAGAGCACCUGUCCUCCCCAGGGACCCAGGGCACCUGUCCUCCCCAGGACCCAGGGCACCUGUCCUCCCCAGGGCCCAGGGCACCUGUCCUCCCCAGGACCCAGGGCACCUGUCCUCCCCAGGACCCAGGGCACCUGUCCUCCCCAGGGCCCAGGGCACCUGUCCUCCCAGGACCCAGGGCACCUGUCCUCCCCAGGACCCAGGGCACCUGUCCUCCCCAGGACCCAGGGCACCUGUCCUCCCAGGGCCCAGGGCACCUGUCCUCCCUGGGCCCAGGGCACCUGUCCUCCCUGGGCCCAGGGCACCUGUCCUCCCCAGGACCCAGGGCACCUGUCCUCCCCAGGACCCAGGGCACCUGUCCUCCCAGGACCCAGGGCACCUGUCCUCCCCAGGACCCAGGGCACCUGUCCUCCCCAGGACCCAGGGCACCUGUCCUCCCCAGGACCCAGGGCACCUGUCCUCCCCAGGACCCAGGGCACCUGUCCUCCCCAGGGCCCAGGGCACCUGUCCUCCCCUGGGCCCAGAGCACCUGUCCUCCCCAGGGCCCAGAGCACCUGUCCUCCCCAGGGGCCCAGAGCAUCUGUCCUCCCCAGGGCCCGGAGCACCUGUCCUCCCCAGGGCCCAGGGCACCUGUCCUCCCCAGGGCCCAGGGCACCUGUCCUCCCCAGGACCCAGGGCACCUGUCCUCCCCAGGGCCCAGAGCAUCUGUCCUCCCCAGGGCCCGGAGCACCUGUCCUCCCCAGGGCCCAGGGCACCUGUCCUCCCCGGGUUAG